ACAUCUACCUGUACCCCUACCCUUACCCCUACCCCUACCACUAACACUACCCCUAACUCUACACCUAACUCGAACCCAACCCCUACAACCUAUGCCUACCCUUCCACUAAACCUAUUCCUACCUCUACCCAUAAAUCUACACCUACCCCUUCCACUAACCUUAUUCCUAACCCUACCCUUAACCCCACACCUAACCCUAACUCCCCUAAACCUAGCCCUACUCCAACCUCAACUUAUACCACUUCACCUAAUGCUACCUCUAGCCCUACCUCUACCAUUACCCAUAACAAUACCCAAAACCUUACCCUAUCCAUUACCCUACCUCUACCCCUACCCCUAAUCCAAACCCUAUCCCUGCACCUACCCCUAUCCCUAAUACUUAUACUAACCCUUACCACACACCUAACCCUACCCCAAUUCCUAACUCUAACCCCUACCACUAAUUCUUACCUAACCCUACUCCUACCUCUAUUGCUACAUCAUAACCCUAACAUUAUGCUUACCUUAAUCCUACUCCUACCUCUAUUCCUACUCUUACCCUAA